AUGGGUUCCGUGAUUCUGCCUCACCUACACUCGGCCUGGCAUGUCGACCAGUCCAUUCUCAGCGAAGAUGACCGUUUAGUGAUCAUCCGUUUUGGCAAGGACGGCCACCCGGACUGUCUGCGCCAGGACGAUGUGCUCGCCAAAAUCGCGGAGAAAGUGAAGAACUUUGCCGUGGUUUACCUGUGUGAUAUUGAUGAGGUCCCGGAUUUCAAUUCUAUGUACGAGCUUUACGAUCCGAUGACAAUAAUGUUCUUCUUUAGGAAUAAGCAUAUGAUGUGUGAUUUCGGAACUGGUAAUAAUAACAAGCUGAACUGGUUACUAGAGGACAAACAGGAGUUGAUCGAUAUCAUCGAAACGAUCUACCGCGGCGCGAAGAAGGGUCGGGGCCUGGUCGUCAGCCCCAAGGAUUACUCCACGAGAUACCGUUACUAG